ACGUACACACACACCGGCAUGUAUUGCAUACUUAACGUUGUUACCAUUUUUAUGUACUCUAAGUCGAAAUGCAAGAAAAAAAAACAAACAUCCGUGCGCACGUAAUUUCUAACAAUAUCUCUAGAUCUCUCGAGGUGGCACAACAAGGACACACAUCCCUCCGGAUUUCUUUGCGACACCGCCGUUGUUAAAAAAAAAAAAAAAAAAAAGAAAAUAUACACACACACACACACACACACAAAAACCUGUAACGCAACGUGCCAUUAUCGUGUGCGUAGAGCACUGUAUUACUAGCAAUAGAGAAACGUUAUCGAUAUUAAUUAGUAUUUGUUAUAUAUACAUAUAUAUAUAUAUUUCAACAUAAUACAUUUCAAUCUAACACAAGCGCGUUGAGAAGCUAUUAUACGCGCGACCUCUGAGAAAAAAAAAAACACACGAAGGGAAAUGCCCCUGUAUUACCGCAAAAAAAAAAAAAAAAAACCGCUCACUCCAAUUGCACAAAUGCAGACUAACCGGAAACAUUUUGUAAUACGCAAUCAUGUGUUCGUUGGACGUUUGUAUGAGUAUAUUGUAGACGAUAUUAAAACUUUCGAUGUGUGUGACGGGCCCGGUAGCGAGAGAACCGCGACCGACACAUAAAAUAUUAUAAGAUAAAUAAAAAAAAAAAAAAAAAAAAAAGAAGCACUCCUCCCGAGGGCGAAUGUUGAAAGUGUUUGACAAAAAAAAAUAAAUUAUUAUUUCCUCUUUUGGUCCCGACUCUCUCGCCCGCGUCGCGCGACCGCAUCGACUUGUGUCAGUGUGACCGUGUGUAAGCGCAACUAGUACGAAGUGCGCUAGUCGACGGGAGCGAACAUUGUGCAACCUACAACAAGUGAUAUGUGAUCUCUUAUUUUGUAUGCACACGUGCACGACAAGUCGCAAUAAAAACCAGCGAGAUAUUAGCGUGCAGAGAUUAUAUGUUCUUUUGUCACAAUUUUCGCGGUCGCCGCUUUAUGGAUUUUUCGUUCCCAAGACCGUGCACUUUGUGUUUCUCCACUUGCGUGAUACCAUUGACCCUGAUCUCGAUUCCUUUUCUAUCGCAAUAUUUCCAUAGAGAUACCAUUAUCAAAGGUUGUUAUAAAAGAACAAACUGAAGCACGCGUGCGCUCAAAAAAGUGGAAACAGCGAAAUUAAAAAUUCUCGCUUCUGCUUUUUUUUUUUUUUUUCUGUGUGUGUGUAAACGUCAAAAAAUGUCUCUCCGAGGCAAAAGCUAAAAAUUUGUCGCGUUUAAUUUCACGAACACAGGAACAUUGAAAAUUCGAACGUCGAAUGAAAAAGUUUAGCCCGCAGCUUCCAAGCAGUUUGUUUCUUUCUUUCGUGAUUUGCGCAAUCCGCGCAGUUAUUGUGAAACAUGUUUCACCACCUAUCAAGAGGAUUCCGAUGUAAAAGCGGUUAUCUGUACACUCGUUGGGACGGGAGAAAGAAUUGCACCACGUCCGGUAGAACGAAAACAACCUUCGGAAGGGGAGAACAGCACGUAUUGACGAUAAGCAAGACGAAAGGGGAGCCAAGCACGAGCACAAAUCUUAAAGAGGCUCUUAACGAGAAGAUACCCGUUCAUCACGAUCUUUUGCGAAACUUUCGACGUUACUUCGGACCGAAUAUCAUUAGCCAGAUCACGGUCGAGAAUUUGUACGAUGGAUUAAGCGACGUGAAAACUCUCGUCAAGGAAACCGCGGAGGUCGAUCCCAAACACGGCAUCAUGUAUCGCGGACUGACCAUGCCGGAAGUGAUAUCUCUGUUACCUCGUCAAGGAAAUCAACCGAGUGCGGAAGCUGUGUUUUGGCUUCUUCUGACCGGCGACGUCCCGACGCAACGGCAAACGGCCUCGCUGAUUGCCGAUUGGACGUCACGACGUCAGAAAUGCAAGGAAUGGUGGUCGGGGUCGCGAGGUGAAACAGUGGUUUCCGUUUUACGUUCCGUUCCCGAGACAAUUACGCCGUUGCACAAACUGUCGAUUGCGUUAACAAUUUUCGACAUCAGUAAGCGCGCGAAAAAAGCCAAAAAACUGGGCGCCAUGCCGUACAGUUAUUGGGAGUAUACUUACGAGGACGGUAUGGAGUUUCUGGCAACUUUACCGGCGAUCAUCGGUCUGAUCGCGAACAAUCAAAUAUUGACAAACGUGAGCGGUGACGGCGAUUGGGCCAAGUUUUUGUCGGACUGUCUGUCGAAUCUGAACGACUGUUUCGACAGUCAAAAAUCAUCGAUCGCUGACUUCUUCAGACUCUACGUCACUCUGAACGCCGACGAUGACGGCGGAGCUCCGCCCGCUCAUGUUGUGCAAAUUUUGGGCUCGACCGAUCUCAAUUUGCACGAGAUAUUGGCGAGCAGCGUUCUGAUGUACCUGAACGAGCCCAAAACCGGAACGAUGUUGCAGUGGACGGAAUUGCAAAGAAAGAUACGAAACAUGCUCGGUCGAACGUGGACGGAAAACGCGCUGGAAGCCUGCGUGCUAAAUCUAUCGAGCGGCGACAAAUUGGUGGGACACAAAGAGGCGGAUUUCUGCGACCCGAGAUACACGGCUCUCUUAAAUUACGCCCGAGAAUAUCUGCCCGAUAAUCCCGAAAUAAAGCUCUUGCAAGAUAUUACGCGGAUAUUGAGAUCGACGAUGAAAAGACCGCGCGGAAAGGACAUUUAUCCGGAGCAGAGCGCUUUGGCCGCGACUAUUUUUCAGUUGUACGGGAUGGAAAACAUGGAACUCAAUCAGACGAUAUUUUUUAUGGCGCGGGUUCUGGGAGCGAUCGCCUCGAUCAUCUGGACGCAGAUUGUGAACGCGCCCGUCGAGCAUCCGAUAUCAAAAUGCACUCCGAGUUACAUAGACGUGAUUAAGGAUAACGAGAAGAAGCGGAAGAAACGUAAAUCGACGAAGUGAUCGUUCUCUCGAUCGCGCGCAAUUUAUGUAACACAUUUUUCUAUACAAGAAAAUACAGUUUGUUAAAUUGUCGCGUAACAACAUGGUCAAUUCUCUUUUAUUUUGCGCGUAUAUUUCUAUUAAAAAAUUUCUAUUUAGGUAAAAAGUAACGGCACGGAUAUUAUUAGCAGAACCAGAAGUUUGUAUUGUUUUUUUCCACACAGAACAGAAAAACUCCAUUAGACAUCUACUGGAUAUCGCGUGGAGCUUUGUAACGUCUAAUGUGUGUCUAAUAGUUUUUGUUCUGUCUGGAUUGUUUGUUUGUUUGUUUUUUUUUUUUUUUUUACGUCGUAUAUGUGCACACGCACUAAAUUAUAAUGCACUAUGUAAAUAUUCUUAUUUUCCAAUGCGAUUAUUCAUGCAAUUAUGCGUCUCAUAACUUCCCAGAUAGUACACAUGUGGAAGUCCUCUGGACAUCCAGAAGACAUCCCAAAUGAGCGCCUCAUGCUAUACCUAGAAAUAUCCUCAGGAUAUUAACGUGAGAGGAGUUCUAAGAAUUUUUACAGAGUAGAAAGACAACACGUGAAAAUAAC